AUGGCCAGCAAAAUGGAACGUGCCGCGGAUAGCUGCGAAAGCCUUGCAGUCUUGCUGAGCGAGAUGCUCAACGUCGAAGUGACCCGACAAGACGUCGAAGCCCCGACGAGCGACUUCAUGAGGCGCGCCUUCUGUGGCGUCUUUAGAGACGCAGGUAUGUGCAGAAUCGCCUUCGAGGAACCUCAGGUCUUGGUGCCGGAACACGUGAGCGGCUUCGUGCCGAUAAUGCACCUCAACAGACUGAUGCAAACGGUUUUCUGCAAGCUGGGUGUUUUCGACUUCGGCAUAGCUGACAUCACUGACCCCAAGCCGGAGCGCAGUCGUAGGCUGCUCACGAUCCUCGUUAACUUCUGUUUGCGACUGCGUCGGCAGUGGAAUACCUGGUCUGACAUCGAGGUGGGCCUUGCAGCCGUGAAAGCUGACCUCGAAGCCAAAAAAGUCGAGCUGGACGCGGUCAAAGACAGCGUCAACCAGCUGUCUCAGCAUGCCGCCAUGAACCUGGAGGGGCUGGCAGCAGUGCAAGAGGAGCUCGCGGCCCAACAAGAGCCGCUGGAGACAUUCGGCUCGAAGCAGGCGCUUCUGCGGUUAGCCUCCCAGGAACUGAUGAACGCCGCCUGCCCGCUAAACGAGCGCCGGAAGAAAAGUGAACGGGAGCUUCUCGGAGUGAAGUGUGGCGUGCAAGCCGUCCGCGCCAAGAUCUGCCGUCCGCCGGAGCGCCAGCGGCGUUUUGCGGCGGAGGAAGCGGAGACGGCGUCCAAGCUGCAGGAGGAGCGGCGGCGUCUGGAGACCACGGUGAAGACGUUGCACCAGAAGAGGCAGCUGGCCGAGAGGCAGCGGAAGGCGUUGGCCCAGCUCAAGGGCUCACUGUGCUCCAAGUUCGACGCUGGACAGCGGCUGGAGUCGCUGUUGCAGGACAAGGAGGAAGUGUCGGCGCUCAGGUCUACUGCGGAGGACAACUACCACCGCCUGCUGAAGGAACAGGAGGCAGUGGCCGAAAACAAGAGUCAGCUGAAGAGCCAGGCGGAGAUCAAGCUGCAAGCCACGGAGUGCAAGCUCGGCCUCAAAACGGAGGAGUUAGACCAAGCUGUGCAGCGCCUCAAGGUGCUUCGACUCCAGUGCCAAGAGCUAGUCUGCUCCAAGGAUUCUGAGGUGGCCGGCUUGGAUGCCGAAAUCCGCAAAGUCGAGGACGAAGCAAAGAAGUUUCGGCUGUCCUUGGCGAACGAAGUGGAAGAGACCCGGCGGAACGUCCAGCAGGUCUAUGCGAGGCAGAAAGCUAUGCUCAAAAUGGCCGAGAGGGCCUUCUUUCCCGACUACAAAGAGCCCCCCAAAGAUGCAGAUGGUGGAAAUAACGUGUGAUUAGUGUGUCCCCACCUUUUCUUUUUUUGUUUGCUGUGUACCAUUCUUAAUGCAUAUUCUCGGGAUUUGGUGUUUGCCUUGCUUGCAUGGUCGUGCGAAAGGCGCGCAAUAAAAUUGGCGGUAGUUGU